AUGAAAAUACGUCUGGAUUUUUUACAGGCGGAACCUAUUCGUGUUCUCAUCACUGGUGCUGCUGGUCAAAUUGCCUACUCUCUGAUCUACAUGGUCUCGAGUGGCGAAGUAUUCGGUAAGGAUCAGCCGAUCAUCCUGCAUCUGUUGGACAUUCCACCAAUGACGAAGGUUUUGGAAGGAGUUUGCAUGGAAAUUAACGACUGUGCCCUCCCAAUUGUUCGAGAAGUUGUUGCCACCACCAAUGUUGCCGAAGCAUUCAAGGAUAUUUCUGCCGCAUUCUUGGUUGGUGCUAUGCCAAGGAAGCAGGGAAUGGAGAGGAAAGAUCUUCUUUCUGCAAAUGUUCGGAUCUUCAAGGAGCAGGGUCAAGCUCUGGACCAACAUGCGAAGAAGGACGUGAAAGUAUUGGUUGUUGGAAAUCCAGCCAACACAAAUGCCCUGAUCUGCUCGAAGUAUGCCCCAUCCAUCCCAAAGGAGAAUUUCUCUGCCAUGACCCGUUUGGACCAGAAUCGCGGCCAGUCUCAAAUUGCAGUUCGAUGUGGGGUUCCCAUCACUAAUGUGAAGAAUGUCAUCAUCUGGGGUAACCACUCCUCCACGCAGUACCCAGACAUCAACCAUGCCGAGGUGAUCACUGCUGGUGGUGAUAAGAAGAAGGUCCGGGAUGCUGUGAACGACGAUGCUUGGCUCAAUGAUACCUUCAUAUCUACUGUUCAAAAACGUGGAGCUGCAGUGAUCGCGGCUCGUGGGCUGUCAUCAGCCAUGUCAGCUGCGAAGGCUGCCAGUGAUCACAUGCGUGAUUGGUGGCAAGGCACUGAUGGACGCUGGGUUUCGAUGGGUGUUUUCUCAGACGGGUCAUAUGGCACACCCGCGGAAGUCAUGUACUCGUUCCCUGUCACGUGCGCGAACAAGAAGUGGACUAUUGUUCAAGGACUGGCGAUUGACGACUUCUCGAGGCAAAAGUUGGACUCUACUGGCAAUGAACUGAUGGAAGAACGCGGCGAGGCUAUUGCUGCUUGCGAGGCCUAAAUUAGACAGGCGUGUUUUGCUAUAGGUCUCUUCAUUGUGGGCCUGUUGAAAACUUGAGUCCGUUUCUCAGAUGUGUUAGUUGUAAGAGUUGUUCUGUAUUUUCUGCUGCUUCAUGAAAGCGUACAGUUUCUCCAUCAAGAAAAUUUAAGCUGCCAGAGGCCUGUGCCUUUUUUGUUGGUUUCAGGAUUAAACAAGUUUUCAAUAGUUCCGAUGGAAGGGCGUAUCUUCGAUAGCUGCGUAGGUCAGCGUAUGUGGUGUGGUGCUCCAAAAAAUGUGUACGGCUCUAUGCUGUCCUCUAUUUAGGUUCUAUAAUUUUAUUCAGUCGAGAUCAAAAAUGCGGUGAUUUUGUUUUUCUGUCGACAAAUGGCUAUGUGAACGCAUGCAUGAUGGAAGGGAUUCAGUCUUAGCAGUGCAAUUUUUCGAGUGUUCAGUCGUAAUUAUCCCCAUCCAGUGCAGAGCAGAGUUGAAAAGAUUCCAUUUGUCGAGAAAGUGCUUAACUAGUUUGAAUUACUAGCGUUACAGAAUUGACAUUCACUGGUUGUGGUGGGCAAAAUAUAGUGGCAAGAGAAAAAUGAA